AUGUUCCAGUACGAGAAGUCCUCGGCAGCAGUGAAGAGCGCCGUGGAGAAGACAUCAUCCACUUUGGGGGAUUUGGGUUCGGCCAUCAGCCAGAAGAUCGGCGGGAUCAAAGAAUCCGGCACCUUCAAGUCUUUCGAAGAGAAAGUUUCUGGAGCUGUCGGAGUCGUCAAGAGCAAAGUGGGAGGACAGACUCACGAAAUCGACGAAGCCCUCAAGGAAGUGGAGGGACACGGACAGCCUCCGCACGAGGCCGAUCAUCCCGUACAGUCCGACCAUCAGCCGGAUCCCAUCGGGAAACCUCUUGCCUGAUACAGUCGACGCCCUGCCCUCGCUUCAUCUCAUAUUUCGUUCUUGACUAUUCCCUUCCUUUUUGAUCUCUGGUAUCGUGGAUUACGUGGAACUCAGUCACAUGGAGCCGAUCCCGCAGAUUCAAGGUCCAUGACCCCAUCGACCCCAUGCACGUUUCUGUAGCAGAUGCAUUGCGGUGGAAGGACGGGAAAGUAAAAGCAGUUACGCUUAGAAUCUUCCUCAUCGCCUUCCUUCGAGAUAUCCCUUCCUCUAGUUUCUAGGGUGAGCUAAAACAAAGAGCCUUUUUUUCUCGCCCUAUAUAACUCAUUAUCGUGUCCCGAUGCCCGCCAUAGACGAAUAUAACCCCCCAACCCCCUGCACUGCAUCACGUGUGUGUGACUAUAGCAAGGCAAUAAGAAAUCAUGAUAUACUCUGAAUGCCUUUUCGAGAAGCCUGUGACGUUGGAUUCCUCCCAUAUCUCCUCGAUUACCAUCCAGCGCAUGAUCUCACGUGUACGACUGCCUACUUAUAAGAGUAUGACUGCACUGUAGAAUUUCCAUGUGAAGAGCAUGGUGAAAAGACUCGAUAGCACAUUGUUCCAUGAGACUGGCGUGUUUCUUCCUUCCGUUUUCAACCGAAUUCCGUGUCUUGAGGAGUUGAUUCUUGUUUGCCAUCUUUCUAGUUCCAGGAGCAUAUGAGAUGAAAUAAACAGCUGCGGAUAACUCUC